AUGAAGCAAAACGUAACAAGGCUGUCACAGGACAUGCAUGCAAACGGGCUUGACAAUGGAGAUCAGGGCUUCUUGAACGCCUUUUUUCCAGAUCUUAUUGAAGCGCCCCUCUUUCGUCCAGGCAGUAGCCAUGCACCUGGUGGCAUGUAUCGUUUGCCAUUCGGCUAUGAGAUGGACCACAUUUACUACUAUCCUAGAUUUCGGUGGGAAGUGCCUUGCUCUGAAAAAAGUGCAGUCACCUUCCCAGGGGUCCCUGCACUCAAGCCAUGGCUGUGGUGGAGCUGGCCUCUAUUGCCAUUGGCUUUGACAUGGCAAAGGGAGCGUCAAGACAUAGUCGGAGUGCAGGAAGAAAUCCUUCUGGGUAUUGUUGGAUCUCUGGCAGUGGUGUUACUUGGCUUCAUGGCCACAAAUGCCGUUUGGUAUGCAAUGAGCCAGUCAGCGGCGCUGCAAGCCCAUCAACGUGAAUGUCUGGGAGGCGCCCCAUCUAACAGAGCCAUCGCCCUUAUCCUCGCCGUAGGUCUGGUGCUGUGUUCUGCACUACCAAUUCUGGCCGUCCCAUCGACGACUCACCCAUUCCUCGCGUGGCCAUUGGUUGUGGCCACAUCAGCUGCUUUGGUGCAUUUUUUGCGUGCCAAAUUUCUGUUGCCUUCGAUAGUGUAUUGGCCAUUGUGUGGCCUCACUGCUACGCUCAUCCUAACGCCGCUCCUUCCCUUCCGUGGUCUGUUUGAUGAGAUUGUUUGGUUGCUUGUUUGCCUUUUUUUUAUGGGACUCUUAUGCUCCAAAGUGGUGGACGUCUUGCUUCAGGGCAAGUAUACUGCGCCUGUGUGCAGAACAGGAAAACGAAGUAUGUCAUAA